AUCCGUUUUCGGUUUCGCGCUCAGUCGGCUGCCGGAGUUCGUACAGCGUGUUCUAUCAUCUGGCAUCUUUUUAUAGUGCAGUUCCCGAUUGGUUGGUUUGAGCUGCUAUCAAACACGUCAACUUUGUUUUCCUGUUUGGUGUUUUUAUGAGACUGUCAAAGAUGACGAGACUCGGAGGGAUGCUGAUUAUUGUGGAAGCUAUGUUGAUGACAACACUUUUUAUCAGUGCAACAGCUGAACUUUAUACGGCAUUGGCGGACAUGGAAGAACUUUUAGAAACCGAAUCGGUACUCAUUGACACUCUUAAUGGAUUCAUUAAAGCUCAGGAACAACGAUUGGCUACUCUUAGAAAGAACGUCGAGGAUUAUAUGAGAGAACACGAACAAGCUUCAAGAAACAUACAACAAUACUUGUCCAAUCCUAUAAAUGCUUACCUGUUGGUCAAGAGACUAACCACAGACUGGAAAAGGGUUGAAGAACUCAUAACCGAAGACGUUGGCAAGUCAUUCGUAGCAAACAUCACGAAUUCGAGAAGCGACCUUAAGUUCCCAACGGACGAGGACCUCAAUGGAGCUGCAGUAGCUCUUAUGAGAUUGCAGGAUACCUACAAACUCGAGACUGCUCAAGUAGCCAGAGGUGUUCUCAAUGGAGUCCAAUACAGUACCGGUUUAAGUGCAAGUGAUUGUUUCGAACUGGGACGGCAAUCUUAUCAUAAUAAAGAUUACUAUCACACCGUACUAUGGAUGCAAGAAGCUAUGGACCAUCUGCAAGAAGAAGAGAAUGCAACUUCUACUUCGAAACCCGACAUUCUCGAAUAUUUGGCUUUUUCGACGUAUAUGCAAGGUAAUGUUGCACGUGCUCUCAGCAUGACAAAUGAACUUUUGGAAUUAGUACCAACUCACGAAAGGGCACUUGGUAAUCGUGCUUAUUAUCAAAAAGAAAUUCAAAGUAAAGCGAAUCUUAUGAAAAAGAAACGUGGAGAGGAUGGACGAGAUGAUACAGCAAUACCGGAACAGAACUUUACUGUUACCGAGGAAAAGGUUAAAACUUGGGAAGAAAUGACAGAGAGGGAAAGAUACGAGAUGUUAUGCCGCGGUGAAGUUUCCAUUCCACCGGAAAUACAGAAGGAUCUAAAGUGUCGUUACGUCGAUCGAGGAAUUCCUUUCCUUAAAAUAGCCCCGUUCAAGGAAGAGGAAGCUUAUCUUGAUCCUAGGAUUGUCGUUUAUCAUAACGUCAUUUAUGACGAAGAAAUUGAAACGAUCAAAAGAAUGGCUCAACCCAGGUUUAAACGUGCCACCGUCCAAAAUUACAAAACUGGUGCACUUGAAAUUGCCAAUUACAGAAUAAGCAAAAGUGCGUGGCUUCAGGAACACGAGCAUAAGCACGUAGCAGCUGUGAGCAAACGUGUCGAGCACAUGACCAGUUUGACCGUGGAUACUGCAGAAGAGUUACAAGUUGUAAACUAUGGUAUCGGUGGUCAUUACGAGCCUCAUUUUGAUUUUGCUAGGAAAGAAGAAACUAAUGCUUUCAAGAGUUUAGGAACUGGAAAUCGUAUUGCCACAGUUUUAUAUUACAUGAGCGAUGUAGAGCAAGGAGGUGGUACCGUGUUUACGGCUAUUAAUAUAUCCCUUUGGCCUAGAAAAGGUAGUGCUGCAUUUUGGUACAAUUUGAAACCAAACGGAGAGGGUGAUUUCAAAACAAGACACGCAGCUUGUCCAGUACUUACAGGAUCGAAAUGGGUUGCUAACAAGUGGCUUCACGAAAGAGGACAGGAACUUCUUAGGCCUUGCACCUUAGAAAAUCAAUCAACAGAUGAAGCUGACGUUAGGCAUUGAAAAAAAUUCCAUGAAGCAUGCGAUUAAAUUGAUUCGUUAAUGUUAUUUCAAACGAUCUAAUGAAAUAUUUUUAAAUUAUUCGCAAAAUAACAAUGACCAGAAACGAACAAUUUCUCGUCGCAGUUUAAUUAACUACUUUUGCUCGAUUUUAUGCUAAAGUUACGAAAAAACGACACGUGGCUAUUAUUAAAAAGCUAAAAGAAUUCAUCUCUUGCAAAAAUAAUUGCAAUAAUAAUUCAUCGUCUAGAAAAGAUAA